AUGUCCCACCAGACUGGAAUAAACGGUAAGUUCUGUUCUUCAACCAAACCCUGAAUUUGUUUUUAAUCUCACUGAUGUGUUGUCUUGUUCUGUUUUAGGGUUUUUUUACAUUCAGUUUUUUACUGGUCAUAUGAAAACUUCCUCAAAAUCUUCUUGAUGAUCAUCUCAUUUCUUAAAAAAAGGUGUUUUUUAUUUAAAACGUCUCUUUUGUGCCUCUAAAUUAACACACCUGCUGUGGGUUUUUGAAGACAGAUCUACAGACUGGCCUGUGUUUCAUGAGUUUCUGUUAAAACGCCUGUCCUCUGUGUGUCAUUAAUCACUGCAGGCAUUAAUGUGUAGUUUAACUAGGAUGUAUAUUUGUGUGUUAUGGCAUUUUGUAACCGGAGCAGAGGGGAGGAUUGGUUGGCAGAAGCACACCUCUCUCACCUUUCUCACCUGAUCUUACAUCAUUUAUGAGAUGCUGUGUUUGGUAACCAUGGUGAGAGAGAAGGAGGGGGUCUUCAGUAGCAAACCGUGAGUUUGUAAACUGAGGACAAAUUUAAGCUGUUUUAUCCCUCACAUUUCUCUCUAUUUUCUAAAUCAAAAACUUUUUACUCGGUAACUUUCUGUCGUGACGUGAUAAAGCAGCAGUGGAUCAAAUUUUCUCUCUAAAGACGAGUCUCAGGUUCUUACUUACACAAGUCUGUCUCACCCCCCAUCCUCUGAUUUGACCUGUCUGUGUUAUAUCCGGUUACCCCAGCAACAGCUGACCUGAAGGAGUUCCUGGCCCGAGCAAGGGGAGGUGCCAUCAGAAUCGUGAAGAUAGUCAUCAGAAAUGGUGAACGUUUCUCUUGUGUUCAGAAAGAAGUGAAUCCAGAGAUGAGUUUACUGAUACAAGUUUAAUUUCCCUGCAGAGGAGUUGACGUUGGAUUCGUACAGAGAACCAGCACAGAGCUGGGACAAGGACUACGACCACUUCCUUGUUCCUCUGCUCACACCUCAGGAACCCUGCUACAUCCUCUAUCGCCUGGACUCCCAGAAUGCACAGGGGUUUGAGUGGAUCUUCAUCGCCUGGUCACCUGACCAAUCACCAGUAUGUUUUGGACAGUUGGUCAACAUUACUUGAAAUCACUUAGAUGUUAUACUUUGUGGAUACACCUUACUGACGUCUGCAGACUAAUCAUAAAAUAAGAUAACACUUUAUCAUACUUUGUUGAUCCAUCAACACGGAUACAGACAGCUUAAAAGAAAACAAUAAGAGCAUGAGAUGAAAUUUUUAUUUUUAAUAAUUCUUUCUGUUUGACUUUUCCUUUUAAAGUUCAAAUAACUUGUAAAAGGCUUGAAAUUAUUGUGUCUAGAUCUGUUUAUAAAAGCAUAAUGAAUAUUAAAAUUUUGUGCACAAGUCAAGUUUAACUUCUGGACACACAAUUUUACAAGCUAUUAAGUGUUCAUAUCACGUUUAUAUUGUGGCUAAUGCAUAUCUGACCGUGACAACGAAGAGUUAAAGUGCCUCCGAUCUUUUCAGGCUUCAAAAAAACGCCUCAAAAAAACUACAUUAAACAUACAAACCAUGUCAUUUUGAAGCUCCCAGAGUAAGAAUAUAUUUAAGCAGCCAAAACCACAAAAAUAUCUGUUUGUUUGCUUUCUUUCUGUCCUGACAUGUUUUAGGUGAGGCAGAAGAUGGUGUAUGCAGCGACUCGGGCCACUUUGAAGAAAGAGUUUGGAGGAGGUCACAUUAAAGAUGAAAUGUUCGGCACAGUGGAGGUCAGUAAAUUCCCCCCUGCUGUGGUGACAUGAGUGAGUCUUGAGAUGCUGACUGUGUGUGUGUCUGUCUACAGGACGAUGUGUGUUUCCAGGGAUACCUGCGGCACAUGUCCUCCUGCUCCUCUCCAGCUCCGCUCACAGCAGCUGAGCAGGAGUUACAACGAAUCAAAGUCACAGAGGUGAAGAUGAGACUAGAUCAAAUUAAAACUCUCUAAAAAUGAAAGUUUUACGUUAAAUUAAUAUUCUUUUCUGUUAUUCCUGCAGGAUAAAGUUGUAUGGGUAAGUACAUUUCUUUUACACAUAAAUUUAAAUUUGGUUAUUUAUUCAUAAACAAGAAAAAGAGGAGGACAGAUUAAAACAGUCACUCUCUAUUUCAGGAUGAACGCAGGAGAAUUGGCACUCCAACAGCUCGAGCAAGGGUUCGUCAGAACUUCUGAAUAUCUGUUUGGCUCCUCGGCUUUAAACAUCCUCUCAUGUGGGACACAUCAGGAAUGAUUUUUAAAAGGUUUUUUUUUUUUAUCCUGCAGGUAACAAUGGAGUUUGGUUUGGACAAACGGGCACAGACUCUUCAAGGUCUUGCAUUUCCGCUUCAAGAAGAGGCCAAACGAGCUCUGCAGCAGCUCAAGCAGAGACGCAUCAACUACAUACAGCUGGUGAGACACAGCAUGCAACACAUGGCUUUUUGGCUCAUGAAGAAAAUCAGGCCAUCGACAAAUGUUAAAGAAUCAAUCUGUAUAUCUGUGUCCAUCAGUUAACAAUGUUGGGUUAAGGGUUGACCACUGAAUAAUGAGCACAUUCAUGUGUGUUUUGUUGCAGAGGCUGGAUGUGGAGAGGGAGACCAUCGAGCUGGUCCACACUAAACCUACAGAGACCCAUGAGCUGCCCUACAGGAUCCCUACAGACUCACCAAGAUAUCACUUCUUCAUCUUCAAACACUCCCACCAGGGUCAGCGGCAGGAGGCGCUGGGUUAGUGUUUAGUCUGAGUCUUUUAUUUCCACUUAUUUAAUUUAUCUGUUUAUUUUGAGAGGGACAGUAUACAGCCAGCUGUGACAAAAUCAGCUAUGAGUUCAUUUACAACAAUAGUCCCUGGGCAGGAGACAGAGACAACUCAUCCGCUCAAAAUAAACCAGCUACACAACAAUUCAUAAUCACUAUAUAACAACAACGGGUUCCUACACAGUAAUAUUAAAGCUGAAACUUUCAGUUGGUCUUAGUUUUGGCGCCCCCUGUGGACAAAGCAGUCUUUGCUCAUCCUGACCGCCACAUGCCUCUGACAGAAAAUCUCAUCCUGCUGACUUUUGACCGUCACAUUUAUAAUUUCUCGAUCUCAUGUGGGAGAUUCUGCUGACUGGUCCUUGGCCAAAGUACUUUCCUGUUGAGUCUGGAGUCAAGUGAAAGUGUCUCUACCAUAGACUGAAUAUAGAAUAGACGCCAUCUGCCUCCUCGCCGGUUGAAGCCACUCUGAGAACAGCACCCUCUGGUGAUGGGCUGCAGUAUAGGUCAUAAAUCCUGCCUCCAUCGAAGCUUAUGGAGCUGCAGACAAACUUUAGAAAUUAAUUACACAGAAUAUAAAUGUUUCUCCCCCCUGCUUGUGAUGUUGACAUGUAGUUACUGUCAGACUGGUUUGUGCUCAAGUCCUCUUUUUUCUGUACAGCUCUGUUUUUAAAAGUUAUUAGGGGGUUCAUGUUUUCUUUGAUUGACACCUGAUACAGCCUAUGGGUGUACGAAGAUUGCGUGGCUCACCCGGGGAAUACCCUGUUUAAGCAGAGCGUCACCACAUCGGCUCUUGGCGACUCUCCCGCCGAAUGUGUACAAUGCUACUGUGCAGUGUCAGUUUCAGGAAAUGGAGAAAAAUCACAGAAAUACUGAGAGUUUUUCGACUUCAAAUCUGUUUACUGGCAGAUGGCGGAACCAAGUUGUCCAAAGUAUAUAUAUACAGUCUAUUGUCUCUACUUGAAUAUUGCAUAUUGUUGCUCUAUGUCUAAACCUGGAUUAGAGAGUAGAGAUUGUGAGAUUAACCAUCAUAGUUAUAUCAGAUAUGGUCAGGUAUAAAGUAUCAGCAUCAUCAUAAGUAAUGACUUUAUAUCUGUUCCAGUAUUCAUAUAUUCGAUGCCUGGGUACACCUGCAGUAUCAAGGAGCGGAUGUUGUACUCCAGCUGUAAGAACAGGCUACUGGACGAGGUGGAGAAGGACUACCAGCUGGAAGUCACCAAAAAGGUAAAAAUCAAAUCAAUAUUACAGAUUAGCUCUGUUGGCAUAUCUCAGACUAAGGUUUAUGGCAGCUUGUCUGGUUGGGGACAAAGAAAUGUGUCACCUGUGGCAGAAGGUGUUUUUGUCAAUGGUUGAGGUUAAGAUUGGGGUUAGUUAAAUCUCCAGGGAUUAAUUAUCUGUCGGUGUGUCAGAAAGAGAUAAACUGAGAAAACUGACUGUGUGUGUUUGUGUGCAUGAAGAUGGAGAUCGACAGUGGUGAUGGCCUGACAGAAGACUUCCUGUACGAGGAGGUCCAUCCGAUGGAGCACACCUUAAAGCAGGUCUUCACCAAGCCCCGCGGCCCAGGAGGGAAGAGGGGUAACAAACGCCUGAUCAAGGGUGCAGGAGAAAACGGGGAAGACAGUUAGAAACAAGAAAUUUACUCACAGACAUUCAGACAUUAUAUACUUGCUCACAUAAAAAAAUAUUUUGAUUUAUUUAAUGGUUAAACUUCUUAUUUUUCUUUGUAGUUGCAGACAUUUCACUCUUAAAUGGAAACAUGGAAAAACAUCCACCAUAAAGCAGGAUUAAUGUUUAUUUUCUCAUGGGCAAAUUUACAAAUAUAUAUAUAUAUUCCCUGAGUGACUGAUAAAUACAGAUGUGUUUAAAAAUACAACUAAAGAAUGACUUUGUAAAACCUGACAAAGACCAUUGUGAAGUGGUUUUUACCUAAGAAGGGUUACUAACUGAGGCGCAGACAUGGUUACAUACAUUUAAGUACAAAAAUUUUCACAUUAUCAUCAAUGUAGCAUCAAUUAACAGUUCAGACAAGCUUAUAAAAUCUUCAGAUAUUGUGAGCACCAGUGUUGUAGUCUAGAUUCUUGUAGUGAGUCUACCCCCCAUCACCCUCUUUAGCAGAUGCAGUGUGCAUACACGCAGUACUAUGAUCUGUUAACUGUGUAGAAGUGAAGUUACAGUCACAAUUCUAGUUGUUGCAUUUCUUUACUAAUUUUUAGGUCUGAAAAUAAGGGACCUUUAUAAGUGGAGAUAUGUCACACACCUGGUUAGCACUGGACUGUAACAUUUGGUGAACAUUAUUUGUUUUGUUGUCUUUAUCAGAGUCAGGAAAGAACCUGACUUUAUGUCAAACAACGGAUGCUACAGCCUGUGGGAAGUUGGCUUAGUUUAUGUUAGAGACUGUUAAAAAGAGGAAGCUGCUGGCCUGGCUCUGCCUAAAGAUAACACAGUCCAAUAUCUCUAUAAUGCUGGCUUAGCUUAGUGAGUAGAGAGGGGCCCCAUGUUGAGGGGCUGUAGUCCUUGGUGCACUGGUCAAUUCCCAGCUUUGACCCUUUGACACAUGUCCUCCACGGCUCUUUUCUCCCCAUGUUUCCUGUCUCUCUUUAGUUGUCCUGCUCCAUAAAUACAAAAAGGCCCAAAACACCAUGUGUCUAAACAACAAACUUAGAUAUGUUUAUUUUAAAUUGCAAAUAGUUUCAUAUUUCACUCGCACUAAACUGAUCUAUUCUUUGACACCAGAGCUGCCUAUGAUGUUAGUGUUGUUGUUGUUUUUGUUGUCACUGUGGCAUUGCUUGUGGUAAGUUUUAGCAGCGAUACAGUGCUUCCAAAUUACCCAGUAUGCAGCUCAGGUACUGUUGGUUUCAUACACAUGAAGCUUUAACAGCCUUUUGCUUAAGCAUGGAACAUGUUACAUUAUUUUUUCUACCUGAUUGUUUGUAUGGUGAUUUCUCUUUUUUACAUUUUCAAAUUUUUUUUCAGAGCAUGUAAGUGGAGAAUUUCAGAUGAAGCACGACCACCUAAGUGUUAUUGGCAGCCUACUGUGAGGUUGCCAGAUACGGUGGCCGAGAACCGCCAUUGCUGCAAAUGAAAAAAGAAUGCAAAACUAGAAGUGAAGGAUGCCAGUGUAGUGCUAGCUUCAGUUCAACUUCAUAUUGACUCAGGCGCUACAUGGCCUAACCAAAUGACACAUGAAAAAGUUUACAAAGCGAAAUUAAACAAUAACCUUUCCACUUACUUCUUUGCUCGUCUUCUCGCCGUCUUUGCACACCAUCAUUGUUGGUCCCCUAACUUUUUUUUUCCAUCACCACUUUUUUUUUGUAUUGUUGACUUCCGUUAUGACUUUUUUUGUUGUUGUUGUUUUUUGCAUCCUUUAAUUUUCGCAGUAGGUAACUUUUUUAAGGGGAAUUGCCACUUUUUUGCGUUAUUAACUUCCGUUGUGGCUUUUUUUCAUCUGCACCAUUUCUUUUUUUUAAUUUGCAGCAGGCUUCAGUUUCUUUAUUUAUUUUUUUUUCUAAUUUUUGCAUCUGUAACUUACUUUUUUUUUGCAUUCUUUUAUUUUCACAGUAAGUAACUUUUUUUGCAUCAGCACUUUUUUGUGUCAUUAACUUUCAUUGUGGCUUUUUUUAUCUACACAGUUUCUUUUUUUAUUUGCAGCAGGCUUCGGUUUCUUCUCCUUUUUUUUCUUUUUUUUUUUUUUUGCAUCUGUAACUUUUUUUUUUUUUUGCAUAGUUUUUUUUAUUUGCAGCAGUGGCAUUUCUCAGCCACCAUAACCAGACAACCAGCUAAGACUUGAGAUUAAACCAGAUGGCCCCAAAAAGGGAUAAAAUGUUUAUUAAUCAGCGUACUGUAAUAUACAAUCAUAUUAAUUCAUUGAAAUAUGUCAGUCCUGUCUGAAGUUGCAGGCAACAGUUCCAGGCUACUUCACCUUUUUUUUCUGUUUCUGCUCUUCUUUCAUUGUUGUGGUUGUUUUGUGUUUUUGAUACCCCCUUGUACUCAGCCGUUUCCAGUCGUGAGGAUAUUCUGACAUUUUUUGCUUUAUGGUGGAUUCUCCUUUAGGUUCACUCGUAUGCAGCCUGCUCUUUCCUACAGCUCAUUUUUAAACACAUGCAAACUGAUCACAUGUACAGUCGCCUUCUCCAGUCAGUCACCUGACAAGGUUCGGCGUCAGUCAGCUGUAAAAGCCGAUGUUUUACAAGGUCCCAUAAUAAAAUAUUUUCUGUACUUUCCUCGUUUUCGUAUCCUCAUUUCUCCCUUUCUCCCGUCGUGUGUGCGUGAUAUCCUCUCGAGAUAUAUUCACUGGCAGUAGCAGCAGCAGAAAGUAUCAGGGCUCAGUAGUGGAGGUCACUUUGUUGUGUGUGUUUUCCUGGAAGCGUCUCUACUCAGAAGCCCUGGGCCGCACCGCUCAGCAGCUCUCAUACCGCACAGCUGAUGUGACAAGCUUUCUUGGAAACAAGGUUCAAAGCUUACUUGCGGGUUUCGGACGCUUAUUAUCAUUUUACAGGGAAUCUGUGGGUUGAUGAUGACGAACUUUGACUUGUGAAGAAAUACUGACUUCUGGCACGACCCACUUCAACGAAUUUACCGGGAACUGAAUCAACCAUUUUUUGGCACCGCAGAGGAGAGGUGAUCUUUUUAUAAAUAUUAUCACAAAACAUACUCGGUGUGUGUUUGACAACGUGCAGCUCAGGGCACCAAAGUGAGAGAAAUAGCUGAAAACGUGACACUAUAUCAAUAAAGUUUACAGGGCUUUAGUAGCCGUACACGUGUGCUGGAAAUUAGCAAAUGGCAUGUAAUGGUGGAUAAAACCUAUCAGCUGUGGUGUGGUGUAAUUGAAAAACCUAAAGGUUAAAACCCUGUGUUUCUAUUGGACAAAAACGAAGCAUUGAACCCAUCAAUGUCAUCUGAUACAUCAAGAAAAUAAGAGGUAACCGAGUCAAUACCGGAAGUUCUGUUAUAUCCUUCAAAAUAAGAGCUUAAAGAAAUGUCAAGAAUAUUAAUGGAAAAAAACUUACUUUAAAAAUAAUAAUAAUAAUAAUAAUAAUAAUAAUAAUAAUAAUAAUAAUAAUAACUCAACUUUAUUUAUAGAGUACUUUAAAUACAACCAAAGCUGACACAAAGUGCUGUGCAUAAUAACAUAAAAACAUGAAACAACAAUAAAUAGAUGUUUUGAAAUAUAAUAAAAAGGAAUAAAAAAGUGAUAAAAACAAAUGCCAUCUCAUGCUGGGUCAAAAGCCAAGGAAUAAAGUUUUUUUAUAAUAAUAAUAAUAAUAAUAAUAAUAAUAGUAAUCAGCCUACUUUUUUGCAUAACCACUGGCCAACUAUCCACUAUUUCACUUAUUACCUGACUACAAAAAUGACUAUUAAAUGACUAUUAAAAUGUUUUUUUAACUUUUUUUUUUUCCUUAUUGAUUGACUUUUUUUAUUGCCCCUAUGAUUCCUUGAAUAGUUAAUUAUUCUACAACACCAUACUGUUAUCUGCUUAUUGUGGGUUUAAUAUUAAACUGAACACCUCUAAUCGUGGUCCAGUAAUGUAAGACAUAAGCCUGCCAAGUGGUAUUAUCUAUAUCAAAUUAAACAUUUCCAUUGACGGUUAGGUAAUACAAGAUGACAGUCAGGGGUGGCCAAUCAGAUUUCAGGGGAGACCUCUGACCAGCUUUUAUUCACCACCUCUCCGGAUGCACACCUGAGAAACUUAAAGUCAGUGUUGAGUUCACUGGCUCGUGGUUGUCUACAAAUUGGAUGAAUUGGAAAAGGCUGGCACUGAAUAACCUAUUUCUAGAUCACUCCCAGGGCUCGUCACCCAAAUGUCUCCACCCGGAAAAUCCGAUUAACUUCAUGGCCUUUAUUGUGAAGUCUGUGCAGGAAGUCAUGUUUGUUGACAGAAAGCCUAUCAUCAGGCUGGAGGCAGCAGCGUCCCCGGCGCUGAAACACAAAACCUUUCUGGGAAACAGAUUCCUGGAAGCUCCGUCAGUCCGAAGUGAACUGAGCUGUUUUCUGCGCCUCAGUUUACCGAACAAAGAGCUCACACUCCGCCUCACGCUCUGCACACCGCCGGCAGCAAACACCAACAGCAGAUCCACCGUAGUUUUUUAUCGUUUUGACUGUUAG